GGCGGCGCCGCAGUCGUGGAGGGGCAGUGGGAGCGUAAGCGGCUGCGGGCGACGCAAGUUCCGCACGGGGCUCUCCUCUCCUCGAUUCACGCUUCUCGUUCUCUCGCCUAGUCUAAUGCUGCCUCCCCACGGCGGCUCUUCCUGACGAGAGCUUUCGGAGUGCGGUAGCUGAGGAGAAGCCGUCGCCACCUCGCCUCGGGGCCGAACGAGGGUGCCUGUAGCGCCGCGUCGCCCCCUUGCGCUGCCUCCUUGCCCCCAGUGGUGGGCGCCCUUCUCGCUCGAAGCACUCCCCGCAGCUCCAUGAAUGGAAAUCGGCUCCGCAGGACCCGUUGGGGCCCAGCCCCUACUCAUGGUGCCCAGAAGACCUGGCUAUGGCACCAUGGGCAAACCCAUUAAAUUGCUGGCUAACUGUUUUCAAGUUGAAAUCCCAAAGAUUGAUGUCUACCUCUAUGAGGUAGAUAUUAAACCAGACAAGUGUCCUAGGAGAGUAAACAGGGAGGUGGUUGACUCAAUGGUUCAGCAUUUUAAAGUGACUAUAUUUGGGGAUCGUAGACCGGUUUAUGAUGGAAAACGAAGCCUUUACACAGCCAAUCCACUUCCUGUGGCAACCACUGGGGUAGAUUUAGAUGUUACUUUACCUGGGGAAGGUGGAAAAGAUCGACCUUUCAAGGUGUCGAUUAAGUUUGUCUCUCGGGUGAGUUGGCACCUACUACAUGAAGUACUGACAGGACGGACCUUGCCUGAGCCGCUGGAAUUAGACAAGCCAAUCAGUACUAAUCCUGUCCAUGCUGUUGAUGUGGUGCUACGACAUCUGCCCUCCAUGAAAUAUACGCCUGUGGGGCGUUCCUUUUUCUCAGCUCCCGAAGGAUAUGACCACCCCCUGGGAGGGGGCAGGGAAGUAUGGUUUGGAUUCCAUCAAUCUGUUCGACCUGCCAUGUGGAAAAUGAUGCUUAAUAUUGACGUUUCUGCCACUGCCUUCUACAAAGCACAACCUGUAAUUCAAUUCAUGUGUGAAGUUCUUGACAUUCAUAAUAUUGACGAGCAACCAAGACCUCUGACUGAUUCUCAUCGGGUAAAAUUCACCAAAGAGAUAAAAGGUCUGAAGGUUGAAGUGACUCAUUGUGGAACAAUGAGGCGGAAAUACCGUGUUUGUAAUGUAACAAGGAGGCCUGCCAGUCAUCAAACCUUUCCUUUACAGUUAGAAAAUGGCCAAACUGUGGAGAGAACAGUGGCACAGUAUUUCAGAGAAAAGUAUACUCUUCAGCUGAAGUAUCCACACCUUCCUUGUCUGCAAGUGGGGCAGGAACAGAAACAUACCUACCUGCCACUAGAAGUCUGUAAUAUCGUGGCAGGGCAACGAUGUAUCAAGAAGCUAACGGACAAUCAGACAUCCACUAUGAUCAAAGCAACAGCAAGAUCUGCGCCAGAUAGACAAGAGGAAAUUAGCAGAUUGGUAAGAAGUGCAAAUUAUGAAACAGAUCCAUUUGUUCAGGAGUUUCAAUUUAAAGUUCGGGAUGAAAUGGCCCAUGUAACCGGACGCGUACUCCCAGCACCUAUGCUGCAGUAUGGAGGACGGAAUCGGACAGUUGCAACACCAAGCCACGGAGUAUGGGACAUGCGAGGGAAACAGUUCCACACAGGAGUUGAAAUAAAAAUGUGGGCUAUAGCUUGUUUCGCCACACAGAGGCAGUGCAGAGAAGAAAUAUUAAAGGGUUUCACGGACCAGCUGCGGAAGAUUUCCAAGGAUGCAGGGAUGCCCAUCCAAGGCCAGCCUUGCUUCUGCAAAUAUGCGCAGGGGGCAGACAGCGUGGAGCCCAUGUUCCGGCAUCUCAAGAACACCUACUCAGGGCUGCAGCUCAUUAUCGUCAUCCUGCCAGGGAAGACGCCAGUGUAUGCGGAAGUAAAACGUGUAGGAGAUACACUUUUGGGUAUGGCAACACAGUGUGUCCAAGUCAAGAAUGUAAUAAAAACAUCCCCUCAAACUCUCUCAAACUUGUGCCUAAAGAUAAAUGUUAAACUCGGAGGGAUCAAUAAUAUUCUUGUACCUCAUCAAAGACCUUCUGUGUUCCAGCAACCCGUGAUCUUUUUGGGAGCAGAUGUCACUCAUCCACCAGCUGGUGAUGGGAAGAAGCCUUCUAUUGCUGCUGUUGUAGGUAGUAUGGAUGCCCACCCAAGCAGAUACUGUGCCACAGUAAGAGUUCAGAGACCUCGACAGGAGAUCAUCCAGGACUUGGCUUCCAUGGUUCGAGAACUUCUCAUACAAUUUUAUAAGUCAACUCGGUUCAAACCUACUCGUAUCAUCUUUUAUCGGGAUGGUGUUUCAGAGGGACAGUUUAGGCAGGUAUUAUAUUAUGAACUACUAGCAAUUCGAGAAGCCUGCAUCAGUUUGGAAAAAGACUAUCAACCUGGAAUAACCUACAUUGUAGUUCAGAAGAGACAUCACACUCGAUUGUUUUGUGCUGAUAGGACAGAAAGGGUUGGACGAAGUGGCAAUAUUCCGGCUGGAACGACAGUUGAUACGGACAUUACACACCCAUAUGAGUUUGAUUUUUACCUCUGUAGCCAUGCUGGAAUACAGGGUACCAGCCGUCCUUCACACUAUCAUGUUUUAUGGGAUGAUAACUGCUUUACUGCAGAUGAACUUCAGCUGCUGACGUACCAGCUCUGCCACACUUACGUGCGCUGUACACGAUCUGUUUCUAUACCUGCACCAGCGUAUUAUGCUCACCUGGUAGCGUUCAGAGCCAGAUAUCAUCUUGUGGACAAAGAACAUGACAGGGUUUGUUUUUGUGUUCAUUGCCACUUCUCUUACAGUGCUGAAGGAAGUCAUGUUUCAGGACAGAGCAAUGGGCGAGAUCCACAAGCUCUUGCCAAGGCUGUACAGAUUCACCAAGAUACCUUACGCACAAUGUACUUUGCUUAAAAAGUCCAAGAAUAUUCUCUGAGAGGAAGAAUUGAGAGAUGCAUCGACAUACAGCAUAUGUUUCCAGUGGAGUCAGUUGAGUGGGAAUGCCUCCAGCCAUACAGCAGCCAACACUGUGUGGGGACCAGGGUCUGAUUUUUAUGUUAAUACAAGGAAGAUUGUUUACUUCAUCAAGGAACACAGCACCAUUAUGCAAUAUGAAACCAGCCAACUGCUUUUUUGUGCGGUCUCCUUAGGAAGUAUCGCCAUUGUUUUGUUUUCACUUUCUUGUAGUCUAACCCUUUUAAUGCCUUUACCUCAAGUUGCUUGGCAGCACAACUAUCUUUGCAAAAAAAAGUAAAGAAAAAGUAAAUGAUGGUUUAAAAAAAAACACACCUUACAUGAAUAAUCAAAGUGAUUGUUCACAAUUAUGUGUGCAAAAAAAUUAAUGUGCAUUCGUGUAUUCUUGUGGAAGGUAUCUGUAUAUUUUAAAUAUAUACAUGUAUACUUCAUAUGCAUAUAUAUCUGGAUCUACAUUGACAGUAGAUAUAUAUGUGUCUGUGUAUUUUAUAGUUUAUUCCAUCGGGGAGCUUUCUUUUCCCUUCUGUCGUCCUCCCGCCACCACUUUCCAUUUCUCUCCACUUCCCUCACCUUCAUCGUCUACAUUUUUCUCCUGAUGCCACCAGUGACAUUCAGAUGUUCGUGUAUCCGGUUCAUUUGGAUACGAAGCAUGGCAAACUAGAUUUUUAUUUUUAUUUUGCACACCCUACUCCUGUCUCUUGUCUCAUACACAAUUCUAAGUCCUCAACUCUUGAUAUUGCUUUCUUAAACAAAAUUGUUAUUUAUAUAUACAUACAUACAUGUAUAUGUAUAUGUAUGUAUGUAUAUAUGUGUGUGUGUGUGUGUACACACAUAUAUAUGAAGUUUCUAUGCGAGUGUCCGCCCCCUCCUGUUCUGAACUUACAUUUGCCAUUUGUGCAAUGUGUACAUAAGCAGUAGCAAUCUUAAACUAUUCUCUUAAACUAUUCUUUUUCUUUAGUUUGUUAAAGCUGCUAUAAAUAUAAAACCUUGUCAGAAAUUGUAACUCAGAAAUUUCUCUAAGUGAUAUGUAUUCUAAAGCCUUCUCUUUCUAUGGGUUAUACAUGAAAAUCCCUUACAGCUUUCAUAAAGGGCAAAUAAUUUAAAUGAUUGAAACUCUUUAGGGUUGAGGCCUCUGAAAUUGGGUGGAGAGAGAGAAGGGGUUGCUGAGGGUUUUUUAAUUUUAAUUUUUUUUUGCUAGUUUACUUGCUGCCUCUCAUACCUUAAUGUGAUUUUCAUAUAUAUAUAUUUUUAUAUAUAUGUGUGUGUAUAUAUAAACAUAUAUGUAUGUGUUUUGAAGUACAGCUUCCUUUUCUUUUAUAUUUAUUAGACUAGUGCUCUCAUAAUUAGAGAACUGUAUUGGCAACAUCUUUUAUAGAAAUGUAAUCGUGUUUAUUUUAAGAACUGACAACUUGUUUUGCUGUCUUUUAGUGCAAUAAGCAGUUUUAAAGGAAAGGUGUGUCUGUUUGAUUUCUUUACCACAGACAGGUGGAAAAACAGGCACCUCCACAAUUUUUAAAAGGCAAAGUAAUACAGCCUUAAUUUCAGAAGGAAAGUUUUGUAAUUUUUCAAGUUUAAAGCAUGUCUUUUAAAAAUCCUAAUGAAAAUGAGGAAGUUAAAUUUCCUAAAUGAGUCUGAUCUUAAAUAUUAGAGAUGGAGUUGAACUUCGAUUUAAGAAAUGACAGUGAAAAGGGGCUCAGUCGGUGGAGCAUGUGACUUUUGAUCUUGGGGUCAUGAGUUCAAGCCCCACGUUGGGUGUGGAGCCUACUUUUAAAAAAAAUGACAGUGAAUAACUUAAGAUUUAGAAGACAUUUAAUUUGUUGAAAAUAGAUCAUGUUUAUUGAACAAUCAUACUGGUUAGGUGCCCAUUUUUAUUUACUAAAAUGAAUUAGGAAAAUGUAAAAUGAUAUUUUUAAAACAUUUUUUUGCCAAUUUAUCACCAGUAUAACUUUCCUUUUAAAAUUAGGGUUAUGGUUGGCAAAGGAGGUUAGGACUAUGAUCAUUUUAAAUGAGUUAAAUCGCUGAAAUAUGGAAAAGGUUUUAUAAAACUUUAUUGAUUUCAUUUUAAGGUAUUAGAAAGUAUUAUAGAGCUGACAAAAUCAAGUUCAUCAGUAACCUUGGAUUCAGGGGAGCUUUGCACUUUGUAACUCAUGAAAAUUGCAUUUUAAUUUUUUAUUUUUAUUUUUUUGCACUGGUUCAGAGUAUAGAUACUACAGAGUGUUUCCAGUGGGCAUUGUUAACCCUUUUAGAAUUCCAUCUGCACAUGGUAUCGAAUGGAUUAGCUCUUUAGUUUCUCUCUUACCUGUAAUCCACUCUUAUUGCCAAUUUACUGUAUUUUGAGCCUAAAAUCUGAGCCCAUGUCCUCCAACAGGUAUGGAAUCUUUUGUUCCUCUGCCAGAAAACUAAGAAAGUACUGUAUUUUGUAUGUUUAUUAUUAUUGAAGUGUCUGAAAUGCAAUUUACAACACUGUUUCAAAGCUCUUUACAUGAAGUAAUUUUUGUAUAGUAUAUACAUUUUUUCUCCCAACCCUGCCCCUCUCCUCCAAAAAUGUCCUAUAAAGCAUGUAUUUUUUUUUAAACAUUGAAAUUUCACUGAGUAUAGUCAGGAACAUGAACAGGAGAAGAAAGUAGUUUAUCCUAGAUGGUCAGAACUUGAUUGUUACAUGCUUGCUCAGUAUGAGUAAAACACCUUCCAAUGGGAGCAUAUGGGAAACCAUUGGCCCAGGGAAGAACUGUAGAUACCAUUUUCCUAUUUAGUGCUUCACCUCGUUUUCAGUUAGUCUUCCAUGUGUUAGAAUGAAACCCAUAAUUUAAAUCUGUUUGGAAGGACUUUUACUAAAGGAAAAAAAAAACUUUUUCUAAUAUAAAGCUUUACCUUUGAAGUGAGUUCUUUUUUAGGGUUUCUUUCUUACGGUUUCAACAUUGCUAGUUUAAGGUUGGUUAACUUGAAAGAAUAUGUAUAGUAUAUUUCUAUUUUGCUUACUAACAAAUUGGUAUAUCAAAAUGAAAGGGAACUUUGUGCUUAGAAUUUUAAGAUAAAAGACUAAGUGGCAAAUACUUUUUGAAAUUUGUUUUAAUGAUUAUUGCACUUCUGGUGUAGAAUUCCUGAUUUUUUUAAUUAAAAAAAAAAAGAUUGUUUUGAAUUUAAAGGUCAUGAAACUCAACAAUGACCUUUCUGUUCCUGCCUUUGCUCACUAAACUACAUAAUGAAUGCUAAAUUUUGGUCUACUGUGUUCUAUGAUGCAUAAGAGUUACUUUAAAAUGUCCGUCCCAACCACUGGUAUAAUUGAUUUUCAUGUGAAGAAGAGUUGGUAGUUUAAUGUAUAUUCUGGAUGGGAAAUGUGUCUGGGUAAAGUGCUGAUACAUGUUAUUACAGUAUCAAGUUACUGGCAUUGAGGACCUUACAUUUAUAAUACUGUAGCUGCUAUAUUUAUUUAAUUAAGUAGACUCUGACAUUUACUGCACUAAACAAUAAGGAGAUGAGCAGGAUUGGAAGCUAGUGUUAAGACACACACCCCCUUUUUUCCUAAAUAAGAUUAAGAACAUGAAAUAACAAGAUAACAAAGGGUGCUACCAUUUUAGUUUCAAUUUAAUAUCAGGAUACUCUUUGUUUUAGAAAAGUAGAUUAUUACUUUAGCUGUUUUGCAAAAGGGUACCUCAACCUCCUCAGUACUGGUUUUUGGCAUAUUUUCACAGAAGUACAGCUUCCCCUUUAUUUUUUCUUAAUAUUUUACCUUUUAACAAGUUUCUCAGAAAAACAAAGUUCUUAUAUGGAAAUCUACCUGUUUGUAAUCCGUUAAUUUAUUUCUCUUUCUAGAAGAGUCUAGAAGGGAUUCUAGUAGGAAUGUAUUGGGUGUUUUGGAAGGCACUAGAUAAGGAUUCAUCUCUACCUUCUAGCAUAGGGACUUGUAGCCUUCUGAAGACCUAUACUAUUUUUCCAAACUAGGUUCUUUGAUGACCCACCACUGCCUAAUGUUUACUUGUAUAUUCUGUAAUGGAUUUUAGCAUGACAUACUGCAUGGCAGGCUUAAAGGAAAUAAAUUCUGAGUUGCCGUUCAGUAGAAAAGGCUGGCAGAGGAUUUCAGUGUUUAAGUGCCAGUAAUAGAUCUGAAGUAAUUUAGAUGGAUUAUAUAGGUGAGGAAUUAGAGACUGAUGGUAAAGGAAUUUGCCAAGGGUGGUGAUUUUUAUGAAAUCCAUGAAUCUAGCUACUUGGAUUCAGCUUAGAAUAUUUUGUAGUCUUGGCUGUUUCAAAUUUGAUAGAAAUAUUUUGCCAAAAAGCUUAACUGAUAACUCUGUAUAUUUUUAUUCAGGAUCAUUAAACCUGAGUUAAAUAUUUGGUUAAAUACUCUCUUAGAUGUUCUCCUAUUGAGUAUUUUUAAAACACAGGUUGUUCCUAUCAGUAACUUGAUACUUAAAUUACCUUUUAGGAGUUAUUAGUAAAGCUGCAAAAGACAUCAUUGGCUUGGCAUCUUUAUUUUGCCUUUUUUAUCCAUACAAAGUUUUAAUCCUUUGCAUUCUUCUUGAGAAUUCCUGGAUGUCUUAAAGCUUCAAUAAUAAUAGUUGGGAGGCUUUAUAUGUGUAUCAAGUGAGGCCUCCCUGAGUGGUGGUAUAACCCUGACUCUAGAGUCUGUCUUUAUUUUCCUAUUCCCCUCCCAUUUGAUCAUAUAAAGCACUUUCAUGAUUCUGUAGAGUCAAAAAAUAAGCCAAGAAUUGAUGUGUAAAAUCAGAAAGUAAGGGUUUUCUCCAAAAACUCUUUUUAAGAAAUUCCUGCUUAAACUAAGAACAUUAUUGGUCAGUGACCAUUAGAAAUGAUACCAUGAUUAGUAAAAUGUAAGCUGACUCCCAGGAGGAAAAAAAUUAAUCUCUCUCUCCUUCCCCCUCCCCACCAUAUAUAUCUCAAAGGGAAAAAAUAUUUUUUUACUUUUUCCUACUUUUAAAAAUGGUACUGGAUCAGUUUAUAAUUUUCCAUGUCAGUCAAAAUAAUUUUUUUAAACUAACAUAUAACGGUCAAGGCUUGUGCUAAUGUUACCUACUGUUAGUUGAAUUUUAUUUUUCUUUACCCAGCAAAGAGACUACUCUAGAUUUUUACAUUGUUCAUUAAACCUCAAGAAUCUAAUGCUCUUAAAGUAUGGAAGCUAAAGAUUUUAAUUUGAAUUAAAGAUAGAUAAUAAAUUUAAUAUAGAAGGUUGAGAUUUACCAAUAGGAAACUCUGUUGAACUAUCAGGUAACAAAGAGUGCAACAAAAUUAAGAUCCUGUUAAUUAAUCUGUCCAGCCAUUGGUCUCCCUUCCUUUUUGAAAUCAAUGUCUGAAGCAACCAAAACCCAAUGUUGUAUCUAUGUUAGUGUCUCAGUAAAGCAAAGAUGUUCUUCAGGGUAGAUGCUGAGUUAAAUUGUUAAAUCCUUUUUUAAAGCAAGGCGGUUAUUAGAAAGUGCCUUUUCAGAAGAUGGUGCUGUAGAUUUUUAUUUUUCAAAUAGCACGAGACUAAAAAUUUAAAAGGUAAAUUAUUUUAGAACUCCAAGAGUGUGGCAGUUUCAUAAAUAAUGUUAUUUGUUGUCCUGAAUCUGGUCCAAGGAACCAAGUAAAGGUUUCAUUCAGUAAAUUAUCUAGGUAAAUGCUCACCAAAUGUAUUUUGCAAGUUCGAAAAAUAAAUUUUUAAUGAAUUAACCCUUUCAGUUCUUAGCUGUGUUGAAGGUAAUCUAUAAGACACAUAAAACAGCAAAUCUACUAAACUUUUUAACAAGAGUAUAGGUAUAGUAACAAGUGCCCUAAGGGAAAGGUAACUCGCCAGGGAGUUAUAUGUCAUAGCUACUUUUUUGUUUUUUGUUUUUUUCCAGUAUAGAUUGACCCUUCUGUAAAUAUCUAUUGGCAUCCUUUUCUAAUUAAUAUUUAUUAAAGAAGACUGCUUGUAUAUACAAGGAGAGCCAAGUCAUCAUGUAAAUUAGUUUUAACAGAAAACAUAAAGUGACUAUAACUCUAUCUUUGGGGAUAUUUUCUUUUUUAGGCACUAAGAAACAUAUGACUCCCUCUUUUUUUCUACCAUGGGGGCAACUAUGAAAUAUGAUGACAGUGCAUCUAAAAGGGUAUGAUCAGUUAAUUAGAAAUACAACAUGCAAAAUUGGUCUUUGGAGGAAAUAAGCAAAAUGAACCAUUCAUACUUACUAGAAAUGUAGUAAUCUACCAGAAAGCAGUUUUCCCCUAGGCUGUUUACUCUCCUAGUAGACAACAGUAAAUGAUCAUCUAACCAGAUCUUGUGAAUUUGGUGAGCAUUUCUCCAGAAAAGAAUUGACAAAAGAACAAAAAACACCACACCUCAGUAACCUUGUAUGCUGCAUUAUGUAAUAAUGAUAGAUUAUAUCGAUUGUUUGGAGUGUACUGUGUCUGUUUGCAAAUAUACAUGCACAUUAAACAUUUUCAUUUUUAUAAUGUCUUCAUAGCAA